UAACAGUCGAAUCGAUGGAGCCUCGCAAGUCUGCUUUAGUUCGGAUUGCUAUGCGAAUAUUUGGUCUCGUAGCUGGUGCAAUUGUUAUCGGUUGCAUUGCUGGCAAGCUACUUGAGAACUUUUCGACCUAUGAUUCAGUCUUCAGCCGCAGAGUAACCGAGAAAAUUUGCUUAUUUCACUUGGAUGACGUUGCGAGAUCCGGAGACUUCAAGAAGAUCGCUUGUGAAUUUGGCAUAGCUUGUGGUGCAAUGGCUGUGCUCGUAGCCGUUGUCUUCUGUAUGCUUGAUUACAUGGCGGAUGUAACAGGAAGCGUGGCGUCAAUGCGUCGACCCAUUAUCGUAUCAAGCAGCGUGCUGGCCGUCAUUAUGGUAGUCGUCUGGGUUUCUUGCUUCGGUUACUUGUCUAAACGGUAUAGUGAUGCCCAUGGAAACGACUGGAAGAGUGAGUACAAGACUCCAGGGCAAGCAACCUUAGCUUUCAGUUUUCUGUCUAUUAUCGCAUGGAUUAUUGUUGCCGUUUUUGGCUUUGUCGGUCUACAAGCUUCUACUGACGGAGUUCCCAAACAAGCUUACAUUACCUAAGAGCUAAAAGCGCAAGAAAACAGAAACUGCUGCGUUUCGAACCUUUUGCUCGUCUAGAUCUGCUUGUUUGCGGCUCAUUAGAUAGCACACGUACGUCUAGCUUCAAGUUCAACGUCAAGUUAUUGGGCUUCUACUAUGAUUA